GUCUCUAUGUGGGUCUGUAUGUGGACCCUUUAGAGAUUAAAGAUGUGUAUGUGAGCGCAUUGAUGAAGUGUGUUUACUCCUCGGGGCCCGCUGCCUACCUGACAGUGCGGAAACGUGUGAGGAGAAGCAUCAAGGUGAAAGGAAAUGGGUGAUUUUUAAAAUUCUGAUUGUAACUUUCUUUUCUUGUUCCUUAGCAAAUUUGAUCUUAAAACAUAUAAAGUUCAAGCAUUAGCCUGUAAAAAUCUAUGAAAAAGGAAAGUAAGGGAGGGUUGAGUGAAAAUGACCCAAGGAGUUACAGCAAACCAACCGCCAUACUGACACUGGUGUUGAUGUGGUAGCAGUGUUGGCCUCAAAUACUCACUGUAAUGUGGUAUUGCGUAUUACCUUGCACAUUAGUAAGCACACCAAUGAUUUUAUGAAGAUCAUAAUGUGUUAUUAUCAAACUGCAGUUAACUGCUUAGAAUAAGUGUAAUGAUAGUCAAAACGAAAUACAAUUAGCAUUCAGUGUUUUUCCACCAAUAAUAUUAAAUACUUUUAAUCACACUAAAGGUAAAUAUAUUGCUCUGAUUAUUCCAUGACACUGUUGACACUCAGUAUUUGACAACCAUUGGAUAAAGUGAUGGAAAUUUGAAAUUGAUUCAUGAUAAUUUAGAGGAAUAUGAUAAUUGAAUGAUAAUAAGUAACAAAAAAAGUACAUUUGAAAAGUAAAAAAAAAUGAAUGUAGGGUAUUUUAGCUUUAUAAUUUAUUACCUUUUGCAAAAUUGCUAAGGAUUUCAUUAUUAAUUAUAUAAUGGUACUAAAAUGCCAAACAUUUAAUAGAUGAAGCAUUACAAAUUUGAGGACCCGUUGAUACCGAAUCUGAUACCCAUACCAAUAUCAUUACCCAUACCAUUAUCAAUACCACUAGCAUUGAUAUUGGUAGAUAAAAUAAUAAUGAAAAAUUGUGAGAGAAAAAGAUAAACUCAAGUGACAAAUGUUACGUAUAAUCCAGUUGGACUGAACUGAGCUGAACUGCAGAAUCCCUAAAUUGGCUCGUAUACUUUCAGGUUACACAAAAAUACAUGCUUAUGCAAAAAUGCACACACACAUCCCAACGUGCAGAGCAGCAGGAACACUGUAGGCUGUGUACGGCGACCCUCCUUCACUUCCGCACCAUAAAUGUGUGUUUGCUAUACGAGGGAACACGGAGGAGAAAAGAGGAAUUCAUGUUGGUGUUUAUUUGAGCUUUGGCCAAAUCCAACCUGGGGCGGCUGUGUUGGCGCGCACCCUGCACCAAACCCCAGCCGCUCCUGUACCCCCAGCCAGACACACACAUACUGUACACACUUACACACACAUUUACUACAUUCUAUUUCUCUCUCUCUCUCUCUCUCUCUCUCUCUCUCUCUCUCUCACACACACAUGCACACACACUCAUACCUGUCCUAGCCAUAUCAAGGUGUGUUUGUCUUUCCCUGCCCACCAUUUCAGGUCCUCCCAGAGCAGGUAUUUCCCUCUCUUUCCCACAGACACACACACAUUUACACACAAAGACACACACACACUGUAGCUACAGAGGGGGGCUGUCUGUGGGCCGAGUGUGUGAAGCAGUUGCAUUGAUAACCUGCAGCUCACAGUCACCCAGUCUCACUUUGUGGCCGUCCCCCUGGUGUGGAGCUCCCUUUGCCUCUGCUCUGUCUCCCCUCUGGCUUCUCAUUCUAGGACUGUCUGUGGACGCGCUCAGACCCCUGCGCUUACUCGUCACCCCACUGUCACCAUGACACCCUCCCCGCUGUUGUUCCUGCUGCUACUCGGCCUUGUAGGCGCUCAGGCCCCCGUGGACCUCCGCACUGCUGCCGCCAUGGCCGCAGGCUUGUGCAAAACUCGUCCCACAGACAUCGUGUUCAUCGUCGAUAGCAGUCGCAGCGUUCGCCCUUCAGAGUUUGAGCAGGUUAAGGUCUUCCUCGCUAAGGUCAUUGAGGGUCUUGAUGUCGGACCCAACGCCACUCGUGUGGGAGUGGUCAAUUAUGCCAGCCGCGUCAAGAACGAGGUGUCUCUUAAGACUCACCGCACCAAAGCCGGACUAGUUAAGGCUGUGACAAAGAUUGAGCCUCUGUCCACUGGCACCAUGACCGGCCUGGCCAUUCAGUUCGCCCUGAAUGUGGCGUUCAGUGAAGGCGAGGGCGCUCGAGUGAAGUCCCCUGACAUCAGCAAGGUUGCCAUUAUUGUGACAGACGGACGUCCCCAGGACAAUGUGAAGGAUGUGGCUCAGCGUGCUCGGGAUGCCGGGAUUGAGAUUUUUGCAAUCGGUGUGGGUCGUGUGGAUAUGAGCACCCUGAAGCAGAUGGCCAGUGACCCUCUGGAUGACCACGUGGACUAUGUCGAGAGCUACAGCGUCAUCGAGAAGCUCACCAAGAAGUUCCAGGAAGCCUUCUGUGUGUCGGACCUGUGUGCCACCGGGGAUCAUGACUGUGAGCAGGUAUGCAUCAGCAGCCCUGGAUCAUACAAGUGUGCCUGCAAAGAAGGCUUUACCCUCAUGGACAAUGGUCGCAGCUGCAGUGCUUGCAGCAACUCAGCGACAGAUGUGGUGUUCUUGAUCGAUGGCUCAAAGAGCGUCCGUCCUGAGAACUUUGAGCUGGUCAAGAAGUGGAUCAACCAGAUUGUUGACAAACUGGAUGUUUCUGACAGCAAGGCUCAUGUGGGUCUGGUGCAGUACUCCAGUUCAGUCAGACAGGAGUUUCCCCUGGGCCUCUACAACAACAAGAAAGACCUGAAGGACGCCGUGAAGAAGAUGGCCUACAUGGAGAGAGGAACCAUGACCGGCCAGGCUCUCCGCUACCUGUCAGACAACAGCUUCGGCCCUGGCCAUGGCGCAAGACCUGGAGUCGCUAAGGUGGGCAUUGUCUUCACUGACGGACGCAGCCAGGACUACAUCGGAGAUGCUGCCAAGAAGGCAAAGCAGAACGGUUUCAAGAUGUAUGCUGUUGGAGUUGGCAACGCAGUGGAGGAUGAGCUAAAAGAGAUUGCCUCUGAGCCGACUGGAGAGCACUACUUCUACACAGCUGACUUCAAGGCUAUGACCCAGAUCGCCAAGAAGCUGCAGAUUAACAUCUGUCAAGAUGAGGACCCCUGUGAAUGUGACUCCCUUGUAAAGUUCCAAAAGAAAGUAGAAGAUGCCCUACAGGUGCUAACAAAAAAAUUAGAUAGCAUGUCAAAGAGGAUCGCCUUGCUUGAGAACAAAAUUGUCUGAGGACACACAUCACACUCCUCACUUAACACUACACACCCAUCCACACACACACACACACAACCAGACAAAGACACACACAAACACACUUUUUACUUCCUGUAAAAUACUGAAAAGGAACCCCAUGUACCUGUGUGUGGAAACCCUGACCUCUACUUACAUCCUGAGCUCAGCUCCCUCCUCUCUCGGCCUCACCUUCUCCACCCUUGGGUCUCCCGGGACACAAAGCGCCGGUUGCCAUGGGGACCAUGCCUUUGUGUGUGUGCUCUCCGAAGGUCAUCAUCCAUAGCCAGCCUGUGUGUUUGUUAAUAAAAGUCUUCCCUCAUAGGGAAACAGUA